GGUGGCGGCUGCCUCCGCUAUGGACGCGGCCGAGGUGGAGUUUCUGGCGGAGAAGGAGCUGGUGACCAUUAUCCCGAACUUCAGUCUGGACAAGAUCUACCUCAUCGGGGGGGACCUGGGGCCCUUUAACCCUGGCUUACCAGUGCAAGUGCCUCUGUGGCUGGCGAUUAACCUGAAACAAAGACAGAAGUGUCGGUUGCUUCCUCCGGAGUGGAUGGAUGUGGAAAAGUUGGAGAAGAUUAGGGAUCAUGAACGAAUGGAACAAACUUUUACCCCUAUGCCUAGCCCUUACUACAUGGAACUGACCAAACUCCUGUUAAAUCAUGCUUCAGACAACAUUCCAAAAGCAGAUGAGAUCCGCACCCUGAUCAAGGAUGUGUGGGACACUCGCAUAGCCAAACUCCGUGUGUCUGCUGACAGCUUUGUGAGGCAGCAGGAGGCACAUGCAAAGUUGGAUAAUUUGACCUUGAUGGAGAUCAACACCAGCGGGGCAUUCCUCACACAAGCUCUCAAUCACAUGUACAAACUCCGCACAAAUCUGCAACCUUCUGAAAGUGCCCAGUCUCAGGACUUCUAGAGAAUGGCCUUUGAUUUGUAAAGGCCUUGUGUCUGCUGGCAUGAGGCUUACCGGGUAAUGUGUGAGUGCUCAGGACAUGAUAGAGGGGAGGCCCACAGAACAGCCCUUAGAUCUCGUCAAAUCGUUUCUGUGGAGAGGAAGGCGCUUGUUGACUGCUGAUAAUACUGGCGGCACUUUUUGUCUGAGUUUGCUAAUAACUGGAAGAUUCUUGGCAGACAUACAAAGCAAACUGUGUGGGAACAGAUAAAGCGACACAAUGCCAUCUGCCAGCAAGCUGUUCUGCACAGCUAAGGUCUGGGGCUGAGGGUGCGGCCACUGAUCACAGUGAGUAGCCUUCAUGAAGGUCAGCCAGCCCUUCCCCUGGGUAAAGGGAAGGCGUGAUCACGCUCAGACCUCCUCUCAUCCCCUCUCCCCUGGCAGACCAACCACUGGCUGCUUUGGCCUCUGGUUCAAGCCCAUUCAGGCAAGAGAUACUUGCUUGAUCUAGAUUAAACCCUGCCUGAAUGAGCAGUUAACUGGGACAAGAAGGAAAAAUUUCCCCAUUGCUUUGCAUUGAUCUGAUUAUCUCAGUUUCUAGCUGCUCCUGUGCUUGUCACAGUCAGUUCAAGAGGAGGAGUUGUUCAGCUCUGACAUUGUUUAUCCUACUUUUAGGCUUUUACAAAGCUUUGCAUCUAAAUAAAGCCUCUAGAGUUUCUACUUUG